UGUUCGUUCAGACAAACACACAUAUUUAUAGUCAUGGCUGAGAGGAGACGGCACCAGUGGCUCUUCUUCACACCACAAGAGAAAGAGACAUGGAAGGAAAGCUGGGAUUGUCUCAGUGCUAUCGCCUCUUGAAGUAAGAUUGUGUCAUCCUCUUCAGAGCCGUGUGACGCAGAGAGUUUUUUAUGGAGGAUGUGAAGCCUGAGGGCUGGCGGCAGCUACUUCAGUCCCAUGGUGCAGCUGGUAAAAACAGCACGAGUCUCCUUCGCAGGUCCUCAUCAUGGAGGAGACCUGGAGAACAGGGUUAUUACGAGGGCCCUGCGGUGCAGGUGAAUGAGCCCCUUCGCAGAGCUCGUCCACUGAGCUGCAUAGAGGGUGGCAGGACAGACAAAUGGCUUCAGACGCUGGAGAGACUCCAAUCACGUCGACUUCAGAACCAAAUACCUCAGUUUGUGGACGAGACGGUAUCGAUGCCGGUUCUCACAAAUGAGACGGCGAGAAGUAACCCUCUGUGUCCUGAUGCUUCCUCUCUCUGCAGGAGGAGUCAGACCUCUAGCGUCUGUCCCAGUGUGUGUGAACGCUGCUCGAGCAGCCUGGAGUCUGUUCACAUUAAAGCUGCUCCCGCUGGAGAAAGAGCUCAGUUCUGCACUCUCGCUCCGGUUCGCUUCGGCUGGUUACCCAUACAAAGACAUGUGAUGCUGACAGACAUCUCUAACAACAACAGGUGCCAGAAACUGAAGUCUCCCAUCACUCCAGUGUUGCUCCGCACUUCGGCCAAACUUAUAGGACCAAGACCAAAUGACAGGGAAGCUGCGAGGCCUGAACCUGUUGGCUUCAGAUACUGGAGGACACCUGAAAACACACCCUCCGUUCUCCGUCAGGCUUCAGGAUCUUUGAGCUCCGAGGGAGGACAAAAUGGACCGCAAGCCAGGGAUCCGAAAGCCGAGAUGGACACUGGCCAUGCUGGACCUCAUCCCGUGUUGAGAGAUCCCACACGCAGGCGUGGAAGUGCACCGGACUCCUCCAGCUCCUCAAUAUCAUCCAUCACUAUCACUUCCAGAAAGGUCACACAGAUUUCCAAGCCUUUGUGUCCGACGAUGAAUGACCUCGCCGGUGGACGAAGAAAAGCCUUAGUGGUCAAAGUCAUCGAACAGAGGACGAAAAGCACCUCCAGCCGGCCCAUCGUCUCGACCUCUGGCUCUGAUCAUGAAGAGAUCGACCACGGCGUGGUACUGAGGAGAAAGGCAACCAUUGUGAAAAAGACCGAACAGAGAGAGCGUUUCAGUCCAGCACAAUACAGACACAGCUACACUGAAGGAAUCAACCAAGCCCAGUUAACCGAUGAGUCUAAAGUCAAUUCCUCACCAUUAAACCAAACACUCACUAUAUCUUUAAAGCCAGGAGCCAGGUCCCAGCACAGAUCUAGCCUGUCUCUAUGCCUUAACAACCUAAAUACUAGCAGCACAGCAGGGGAGAAAAACACCCCAAAAUACAAGCCACCUCGAAGGCCUCUCAGCUGCGACGCAAGCUUGUUUAACAGCACUGAAGCAGUUACACAUCCAGCGUUUCACAACAAGAUCUCUCCUGCUUCCCAGAAGACAAAUAUUGACCUUGUUAGUUCCAGCAGCAGCGAAGCAAGAAGGUGCUCAGCCUCCAGUGGAGAGGACGGGAGCGCAAGGAAAGAGGGAUUGGAGCGGGAUCGAAGGCUUGAGGAGCGAGAGGAACCGAUUUCAGCAAUCAAACCUCUCACGCUACUAAAAGCAGCAGAUAACUCGACUGAUCUGAGCGCAGACGCCGUCCUGGCCCUGAACGCCGCUGCGGUUAUCGCCAACAUAAAGCUAUGGGCCCAGCAGAGACCAACUACAUCCCACACAGCAACAGCAGUGAGUUUAACAGAGGUUAGAGGGCAAAGUGAACACAGAGAGCUCAAAGAAGAGGCUGCUGGUGCUAAUGGAAAGGACAAAACAUGUCCAGAAGAACAAUGUGUGGAUUUUGUCCCAUUUGAGUCCGAGAAUGACCUCAGUGAAACUGCUUUGGCUCCACUGUCCCUUAGCGAGGCUUUAGCGAUCAGACGGCCUGGUUUCAUCCAGCGCUCGCAGGCCAGAGUUCGAGCCCUGGAGAGGAGGUCACAGGAGAGGCAGACACCUGAGAGCGGAGAAUGCUUUGUGAAAUCCAAGGACAGGAGCAUCAUGGGAAAGAGUCUAGAGCUGUGGUCCAGGAGGAGUUAUAACCAGCUCCCCGAAGUGAAGAAGAGGAGAGAGGAAGAAAAGAGGAGAAAAGAAGAAGAGAAAAGAAAACUGGCCUCUCGGACCAACAGGCUUCGGGCAGAGCUCUUUAAAAAGAAACUUCUGGAGCAGAUUUUGCAGAGAGGAGGGAAUCACUGAUACUGCCUUGGACCCGUGUUUCUUCUCACUCCACAGUUCUCAUGCCGUCCCUUAAAAAACAUGACUUGACAUUAGUUAGAAAUGAUAUAAAAUAGUUACUUUUAGAUUGAAUGUGUCUUAAACAUGGACUGCAGCCUUAUUUCUGUGGCUCUGGAUUACAUCUUCUCUCUCUAUACAUACAAGACUGGUCAAAAGUUUGGAAUUAAAGUUUUUUAAUGUUAAACUAUUUGCUCAAAAUUACAGAAAAACAGUGAAACAUUACUACAAUUUAAAAUAACUGUUUUGUCUUUGAAUAUAUUUUAGCGUGUCAUUUAUUCCAGUUCUGCGCAGCUGUAUUUUCAGCAUCAUUCCUUCAGUCUUCAGUGUCACAUGAUCUUAAAAUCCUAAAAUCCAACAUUUGAAGACAUCCUUAUAACACGAAGGGCCUGGUCCCGCUCUCAUGCAGUCGUUGGGUUCUCCUCUGUCCGUGUCUCUCCGAGCCAUUAGCCGGGAGCAAAAGGAAUUUGACCUCAUCUGAAUGGGAAUGCAUCACUAAUGGAGCUGAGUGUUUGCGCGGGGUGAAAGAGGCUUUUGUCCUCUCUCCGACCAAGCCAAGGCUGUCCCACAUGUGCCUGCUUAGACAGGACAUGACGAGUUAUAAACCCAAGUCUUGCAGUAAAACUUGAUUCAAAUGAUGUCCUUUUAUUGUGUUUGGUAUAUAAACAACUUUACAUUUAAAAAUCAAAACAAUGGGCCAGAAGAUGUACUGUAGAGUGGAGUCUCAUAACGUAGCUUUGUGAGUAUUAUAAAAUUAUGCAUUUUAGGCCAGACUUUUAACACUGAACCCAGAAUAGAAAUGUAGGCACAAAAAUGCUCAACCAACUGCGAAUGAUCAAAAUCCCUGUAAAACGUCAUUUCACGCCAGUAAUGCAUGUGAAACGGUGCUGCAUACUUCAUAUUAAAUUUCAUAUUUGACAUCAGCAA